AGCGGGGCCGGGGCCGCGCCAUGGGGGCCGAGCGGGAGGCGCGGGCCUGCGCCGCCUUCUACGGGGCGCUGGGGCCCGGCGGGCCGGGCAGGGCCGCGCUCCGCUGCCUGCACAGCCUGCGGCUCUUCGCAGGGAGCACCACGAGAAGAUGCCGGGAGCAGCACCUGGAGGAGGCCCUGCAGCUGGCGCGGGCGCUGAGCGAGGAGCUGCGGGUGCUGGGCGAGGCGGAGGCACGGCCGCUGCUGCGCUGCGUGCUGGCCUUCCAGCUGGAGGCAAGCGGCAGCUCCAGCGCCUUCCACAAACUGCAGCAGAUCGUCACCCAGCUGGCGGUGGGCCAGGAGGCUCUGCUGGCCCGGGAGGUGGACGCGCUGCUGGCUGGCCUGGCACUGCACCGAGAGGUGCUGUCUCCUGAGGACCUUCAGGCAGUGUGCAUGUUCAUCGAGGAGAGCAGCCUGGGCCGGGACCACUGGCGGCAGAACCUGGCCCCGCUGCUGCAGCGCCUGGCUGCCACCUUGCGCUGGGUGCUGCAGAGCCAGCCGGCAGCGAGCAGCACCUGGGGCCACCUGGCCGUCAAGGCCUGCCUCCAGCUCUUCCAGGCGCUGCCGAAGGACGUGGCCCCUCUGGCGUGGAGUGCAGCAGCAAAGAGCGAGACCCUGCAGAGCAUCCUGGGGCUGCUGCUGGAGGUGGUGGCAGGGAAGGCCCCGAGCAAGGACACGCAGCUGCUGGCGGGCACCGCGCUGAGCAUGCUGCUGAACACAGCCCCGCAGCCCCAGAGCGGGGCCGGUGCUGCACAGGCCCUCUUCCAACUCACUGACCAAGGUGUAAGGGAGCUGAGGUUCGGAGAGCUGGUGGUAGAAAACCCCAGAGUCUUGGAUCCAGCCGGGCUGGAGAGGCUGGUGCUGAGCAGAGGCCUGCUGACGUGCUGCAAGGGGGACAUCCUCAGCUGCCGGCUGGACAGCCCCACGCAACAGGCCUGCCUGCUGCUGGAUGUGCUCUUCCCUGCUGUACGUGCCCUGAACAAGGAGCAGAAGGACUGCCACUACUACUGCUUCCAAGUCCUGGCGCUGUGGCUGCAGCGCCUGCAGGAGAACCUGCCUGAGCUCUGGCGCCUGCGGGGGGGCCGCAUACUGGCAGAGGACACCGAGCUGCUCCAGCAGCUCACCCAGCUGGUGUGGGACAACGCUGAGACCCCGGUGGAGGGGGUGUCCGAGUUCAUCCAGAGCUCCUUUCGACUGCUCCUGGAGAUCUAUGACCUCGAGUGCCAGCACUUCAAGGACCAGGAGAGACCCCUCUACCGACAGAUGCUGCAGAGGGCGGUCUCGAUGCCGUGGCAGAUCAAGGCCAGAUACGUGCCCCUGUGUGCCAUCGUCCCCUACUGUGGGCAGCCAGCAGGUGCUGGACACGUACCCGGAGCUGCCGCAGCACCUCCUGAGCUGCCUGGCCACCAACCACCUGUGCCCUGCAGCCACCGAGCUCUACAGGGUGCUGGUGCGGCAGCAGCGCUCCGAGGGACCAGGGGGCACAGAGGAGGCCCUGGCUGAGCGGUGGGCAUGGCGCUGGCUGCCCCUGCUGUG